ACUGACAACACUUUUCGUGAAACGCUGCCCGAGGUGCCUGGUCUGUUCCUGCUUUGAACUAGAUUAAUUUUUACCUCCAUCUGUCCAUAUUCGAACUAACUCGGGACCCUGAUGAUCAUGGGUAGACUAGGUGGUGCGGUGUGUUGGAUCGCAAUGGCCUUGCUAUGGAUAUGUAUCAUAAUGGUAGCGGGAUUGACAUCUGGAGUGGAGACCGCAUCUGCCGGAAGUCAAACAGGAGGUCGAGUGAAGCUUGCAGACGGUGAAUCGUUCCUGAUCGAAUCACCGAAGAAUAGAUGGGGAGAUUAUGAUAGCGGCCAGGACGUACUGUGGAGGGUUAAAGCACCUGAUUCGUGUCAAAUUCUCAUCCAAUUCGAAUACUUCUCUACCUUGCUUAAUAGUGAUUAUGUAUUUAUUGGAAAUGGAACAAAGAAAUCAGAUAACCCGAUCUGGGCAUUAUCUGGAUAUACCACCCCUUCGCUAAUCAGAAUGGAAUAUUCCACCAUAUGGAUUAGGUUUUAUUCAAGACACUUCGGACGACGCGGAUUCGGAGCGCACAUCAACGCUACAUGCAAUCAAGAUGAUGCACAUGUGGACACACUUGGUUCUGGAUAUAAGGCAUCGGUAGGGGAGACGUACCAGAUCUCUUCACCCAACUAUCCAAAUGCCUAUUCACCGGAUACUCGGUUGGUUUGGGGUUUCGAUUUACCCGAACCUAGAAAUUGCAGAAUCUAUGUCACCUUUCUUGAUUUUGAAACCGACCAAGAUAUUGACCAGGUGAUACUUGGUACUCUAGGUACCCUAGGUGGUGUCGCCAAGGAAAUCUUCUCUGGUGACAGUGUACCCUUAAACCAAGCUAUCCUUGUGCAACCUGAAUCAUACUCAACCAAAUAUGCCUAUGUUCAAUUCGCAUCAGAUGAAAUAGCUUCAAUGGCCCGCGGUUUCAUGGCGAACGUCACUGUAGACUGCCAGCCAGGAUUCCACGUGGAGCUCGAUGUCAACGAGACAUAUCGUGUGAAGCAAUUUGAUUAUCCUCGCUAUUACCAGAUUAAUACUGAUGAAGCCUGGGUAAUUGAGGUACCACAGGACUGUGAUAUCAGCGUAGAGGUCGCUCGAUUUGAUACACAAACCAACCAAGAUGGGCUACAUAUAGGAACAGGAUCCAAUAUAUCUACAAACGAAAUGCUGUUCUUAACUGGGGACACAGUACCAAGAUUCAUUGAUAUACCAUCGAAUAUUGCUUGGUUGAGGUUCCUAUCGGAUGACGAUGAUAGCUCUCGUCACCCUGGAUUUGAUGUUCACGUGACACCUACCUGUAAACCUACAAAUGGUGCAGUUGCACAUCAUUUCGACACGAGAGGAAGUGCUGUAGCCUUGCACAACGGAGAUGUGUAUUCCAUUUCGUCACCUCACUAUCCAUCUGACUACGGAUUAGAUCAGUAUUUAGUCUGGCUAUUUCGAAUACCAGGGGACUGUCAGCUUCGUAUCGUCUUUAAUGAUUUCCUGACUGAGGGCCUUUUUGACAAGCUCAGCAUUCGUACAACAGACUCUUUGUUGCAUGAGUUCUACGGUGAGAUGAUGCCAGGCACAGUCACUGUGAAUUCAACUGUCACCAUUAUUAAAUUUCGCAGCGAUAGAAGUGCGGUAGCACGAGGAUUUCAAGCUGACCUAACACCGGUGUGUGCCGUCACUCCACCAUCUCGCAAUGCAACAGUUGCUCCAGUUAUUGAACCUAUUGAGCCUCUAAUUAUCAGACGGGGAAAAACAAUUAGAGUCACAUGUACCGCCAAGUAUGGUGACCUCCCUAUUUACUUCCGGUGGUUCAAAGAUGGCAGGGCUAUUUCUCAUGGGAUUGGGGUUGACUUCAUGAAUGGCAGCUUUUCAAACUCUAUGAUGAUAGCCGAUAUGUAUUCGGUACAUGAUGGCCAAUAUACGUGUGAAGCAAGUAAUUCAGCAGGUGUCGCCAUCUACGGAACAUCACUGACAGUAGAAGAGCAUGUUUUAGAACUAGGAGGAGACGAAACGAUACAGGUCAGGUCACCUAUGUAUAGAUGGUAUGCGGCCAGACAUGUAGAAGGCUUCUAUACCUGGGUAAUUAAUGCUCCCGAAAACUGCACAGUUCUGGUAAAACUUGAACAACUCGAUACACUUGAUGGUAAGGAGUCCCUUGAGAUCGGGACUGGGUACAACACAUCGAAUAAUAAGAUCUGGUCAUUAGAUGGAAUAAUCCCAUUGUACUUCAAUAUCAACUCAAGCGUCGUAUGGCUGUGGUUCAAGUCAGAAACUCACGAGAGCCCUCGGUCACAUGGAUUUAUUGCGUCAGUAUCAUCAGUAUGUGAUCAAGCGGGUAAUGAGCAUUACAUCGACACAAGAGGUUCUGGUGUAUUAUUAUCACACGGGGAAUCCUUCACCAUAGCUUCGCCUAACUUCCCUGAGAACUUUCCUUCAUAUAAAUCUGUGAAUUGGCUUUUCAACCUCCCAGAAGAAGGUUGUCAGCUUACUAUUGAUUUGAAGAAUUUUACAACAAGAUCGGAAUAUGAAGUUCUAAAUAUCAGUUCAACUGCCGGAUUAGAGGGACCACGCUUGCAACAAAUGAUUUUGUAUGGUGACCUCACAAUAGAACCAAUUAAGAUCACAACGAGUUCUUCCCUCAUCCGAUUCAAGAAUUCGUUAUCUAUUGGCCCUGACGUCAGAAGGGGAUUUAAAGCUGUACUACACGCUGACUGUGAGACAGAUACAACCCAUCCGAUUAUUGAUGCAGUUGGUUCUAAUGUAUCAUUGGCCAGCGGAGAUACAUAUUAUAUAUCUUCUCUCAACUAUCCAUAUGCAAACUAUCCAAGAGAUCAAGAGGUAAUUUGGCGAUUCUUUCUACAAAAACCAACCUGUCAGCUGAUGAUUUCAUUCAAGGACUUUGAACUAUAUCGACACAUUCAUAAGCUUUCUAUCAGCAGUACAUCGGAGCCACGUGAUACCCUCAUCGAGCUUACUGCCGACGACUCACCGGGUAAUAUCACAUUAACAUCUGAUUACGUCAUCAUCCAUUUCGAAGCGAGUUCUUUUGAAGGAGAACGGGGGUUUAUGGCAUUGGUUUCUAGUCUCUGUAUACCAGAUGCGACGCCUGAACCUCUCAUAGAUGCAGAAGGUGGUAGCUUUAAUCUAUCUGAUGGUCAGAUGUUUUCCAUAUCAUCACCCAACUACCCUUAUGGGAGAUAUCCAGAAAGACAGGACAUCACGUGGUCCUUCUAUCUUCCACAUCAAAACUGUCGAUUAAACAUCACAUUCCAAGAUUUCCAUACCGAAAGUGGGUAUGACAAGGUCUACAUCCGGUGGCAGAACACAGAAAAAGUGUACUCCGGUGACGUCAUUCCAGAUCCCGUCUACGUCACAUCGGACUAUAUCGUUAUUCGCUUUACCAGUGAUUUUCUCACUGGGUUCGAUGGGUUUGGAGCGAACCUUGUUGCAGACUGCCAAGAAGAAGUUGAAAUGGUUGAAGAGCAAUCUACAUGCAGCCCGGAUCAAUUCACCUGUCUAUCGGGAAACACAACGUGUAUUCCUAUUGAAAGUCGAUGUGAUGGUUCACCACAAUGUGAAGAUCAAAGCGAUGAAUUACACUGUGAAAUUGAAAUUGUUGAAGAGCAGUCUACAUGCAGCCCCGAUCAAUUCACCUGUCUAUCGGGAAACACAAUGUGUAUUCCUAUUGAAAGUCGAUGUGAUGGCUCCCCAGAAUGUGUAGAUCAAAGCGACGAAUUUGACUGUGAUGCAUUCUGUGCAUUCGCCAAGUGCAUACUGGGGAAGCAUGGAGAAGAAGAUCCUGAGUGUCAGGGCCAGGCGCAGCCUAAUUGCUUCACGCCACUGCUCACAGGAACUGAGGGAAGCUACAAGAUGUUCCAGCAUUGUAGCAAACUGUUGACAUGGAAUGAUAUGACCAUGGAUCAGUCUUGGGGAGCCUGUCUUCUACAGGAGGCUAAAAAGUGCACUCGUGCUGACCAAGUCAAAGGCUUUUGUCAGGACGAAAAGUCCAAUGAUAAUUAUAAAGGAAGGUAA